AGCAGCGUGCUGCGAGUGUGUGUGUGUGUGUCUGUGUGUGUGUGUGUGUGUGUGUGUGCGGUCAGAUCCUUGUGCAAAUGCGCAGGGAGAAAGACCUCCCCGGUCUACACUGGCUCAGUGUUUUGGAGCCUAACCUGUGGGUCGAUGCACCGCUGUGAAAAGCAUGAAAAGUGGGAUCCAGCAGUUCAGAGGACGAGUGAAAGGAAGGUGCGCACCAACGAGCUGAACCCUCAGGGUGGAGCAGCAAGUUCAGCAGAUGGUACAUGCCACCUAAAGCCUAGCAGAGUGGUGGUGCUGGCCGUGUUUUUGGCCUGAGGCUGAAGAGGUCAGGCUACAGUGUGGUGAGAGGAACCAGCUGUCCGUAGGGCACCAUGUGCAGCUCCUUGAGCCCCAAACAGCCCAGUGGCCCUGGCCUCACAGACAUGCAGCAGUACCACCAGUGGCUGGCCAGUCGACACGAAGCCAGCCUGCUGCCCAUGAAAGAGGACCUGGCCCUGUGGCUCACUAAUAUUCUUGGUCUGGAAAUCACCGCUGAGAGCUUCAUGGAUCGCUUAGACAAUGGCUUCCUGUUGUGCCAGCUGGCUGAGACACUACAGGAGAAGUUCAGGCAAAGUAAUGGAGACCUGUCUGCCCUUGGCAACAGCAAGCAGAGCAUUCCAUAUCGGAGGAUACCAUGUCGGCAGAGCGCUCCCUCCGGCUCUUUCUUUGCCCGGGACAACACAGCUAACUUCCUGGCCUGGUGUCGUGAGGUUGGAGUUGGAGAAACAUGUCUGUUUGAGUCAGAGGAUUUAGUUCUUCACAAGCAGCCAAGGGAAGUGUGCCUCUGUCUUUUAGAGUUGGGACGGAUAGCAUCACGGUACAAUGUGGAGCCUCCUGGCCUUAUAAAACUGGAGAAAGAGAUUGAACAAGAGGAGAAAGCGCCUCUACCUCCUCCAUCACCUGUAUCUCCGGCUCAACCCCUCCUUCCAUCUCCUGCUUCAUCUCCUUCCCCAUCUCCUUCCCCAUCUCCUUCCCCAUCCCCGACCCCUCCCAAAGUGACUUCAAGCAAGAAAAGUACAGGGAAGCUGCUGGAUGAUGCUGUGAGACAUAUCGCUGAUGAUCCCCCCUGCAGCUGUCCAAAUAAAUUCUGUGUAGAGAGACAGUCGCAGGGCCGAUACCGUGUUGGGGAGAAGAUGCUCUUUAUCCGGAUGCUGCACAACAAGCACGUGAUGGUGCGUGUUGGCGGAGGCUGGGAGACCUUUGAGAGCUACCUGCUAAAACACGACCCAUGCCGCAUGCUCCAAAUCUCCCGGGUGGAGGGCAAGACGUCCCCCGUCAGCAGCAAGGCCCUCAACAUCAAGGACCUCACCCCUGACAGCUACCUGGUGGUGGCAGCGCACUACCGCAGCAAAAAGUGAAGUCAUGAGGCUGAAAAGUGCCAUUAAUAAAAGGACACAGAGGAUGACUUCUUUCUGUUGUUAUCUCCGUACUUAAUGGACAAGGCUAUCUAACAUAUGCCUGUUUUUAUAAAUAUUGUGGCUACAGACACAGCAGCAUUCAUGGAAAGCUCCCUUGUGUAAUAGUAAUACUUGGUUUUGUUUUUUUCGAGAAUUCAGUCAGAUGUAUGUUUGUGAUCAGAUGAAGCCUGGAAUCACACAAGUAGGCCCUUAACAUUGAAUUUUAUGUAGUUAACUGGCUACAAGUGAAGCUGUACGUUUUUGUUGAGAGUUGUUUUUUUCAGUCACUAAUUGUAUUUUAAGCGAUUUACAGUAUCACUUAUAGUAGGUGGGCAUUUUCAGUUCUUAGAGCACGUGCUCCUUUAAUGCAGUCAUCCAGGCCGACGGUACCUGUCUGCAUUUGCAUAUGUUAAAAACAGAACUUUUCUGAAUGAAGUUAAGUAAGUGGUGGAGGUCUGAGGACCUUCGGGAAGCCUGUGUUCCUUGGAAUCCUUGUGUGUGUGCAAUGGCAGACAUUUGUCAUUUGGCUGAUGCCUUACGGUACAUUAAAUACAUGGGUGGUUCUAGUGGACACCAAACUCAAGCCUCAAAUUUAACUUUCUUCUAAUGUCUUCUUAUGGCAUUAGAAGUGGACCCUUACAAUCCAAAGUAAUGAAAUUAACCAAAUAUUUACAUAAUAGUCCAUUGUAUAGUAUUCUUAUAAAAACUACCACAUCUCUCCUAGAGACCAAACAUUGGUCAUAAAACAUAAUGUUUUUUUUCUUUAUUAUGUAUUUCUUACUAGGCUACCACAGUGACGCAAUGCUUAGAUUGUUCACAUAUUGAAUAACUAUUCUAUGCAAUGCAUUUUUAUGCUAUUAUCGUUUUUAAUAAUUAUUCAUUAUUAGGAUAGCUCGUUUUAUAUAAUUUGUAUUGCAAGAACAUGGACAAUCACCUCUACAAGAUGUAGUAUGUAGUUAAAUAGAACCUCCCUGAUAAUAAUCCAGAUUUACUCAUUUGAGGUUCUGCAGUUCUUUGAUUUGUUAUAUGCUACUGACCUCUAGAGGCAGUGCAGUCAUUGAAAUCUGAGGAGUAAUCUGUUUCCUAGGUUUAGAUUCAUGCAAUUAAGACACAUAAAUAACAACAUUAUUAUUAAAUGUGUUAAUUUCUACAACUUCCUUGAAAAAUGAAUGUGGGCCUUAUGAGAACAGUGGCUAUGCAGUGUAACCCACAGGCUUGUAUGUGCGGUAAAUACGUCCAGUUUGUUUUUAGAUGUAAAAUUCCAAUAAAUUCUCAAAACUUGAAUUUUCAAAACUUGAAAUAUCUUUGACUUUUCAUAUUCAAAGCAUUUCUGGGUCAGCUGUUUAUCUUGCUUUUAUCACAAAUAAAGCUAAAAACAAACCAAAAACGACACAAAAAGCAGGAUGUAUGACUUUCAAGUGUUUAGUGUGCUCAGGUCCUGUUUUAUACACUUAACCUGAAACCAGUGAAGGCUCACAUAAUAUACAACUAAGUGUAAAUAUGUAUUAGCAUGCAUAAAUCUCAACUACAGUAUGUUGCAAAUUUUUUAUCAAUCAUUUAAACCAAAUCAAAAUCUUAUCCUAACUUGGUUCAUCUUUCUAUUUGACUGUAAUUCCACACACAAAAUCCACACAAGAGUAGCAGAAAUGUGAUUUAUUGUAGCAAAUAACAUUGGCUUUCCUGUUCUACAAAACGAUGAGAGCACCGGAAGCGUGUAAGGAUCAAGUGAAGGCUCUGAGAAAUGCAAUCAAUUAAGCUAGUCAAAGUAAAGAUUUCACAACAGACACACUUCACUUAUUCUCUCCUUCAUUUUCUUCACUUCUCCAUUGUAGUCGACAUGAAUCUCUCU